AUGGCGGCAUCAACUUACCACACGGAAAUCUUUCGUCAAGAUCUGCAAGCUCUCUCCACUCCUCCCACAGCUUCAAUCACAAACAUCAAGCAGCUAUCCUCCUACAACUGGAUCGAAGCAUCAGCAUCCACACCCACCAUCUCCGUCCCUGGCAGUCCCUCUCUCUGGUCGCCCCCAAGCACCCCUCAGCAGCUAAAGAAAGACUUCGGUCUCGUCUACAUGGACCAAAACGCCGCUCGCCAUCCCCCCUAUCCACUUGAAACCCUUUUCCGCGCACUAGACGUUGCCAACCCAUCCUUCGACCCUCGCUCAACCGAUAUCAUAACGGACCGAAAUAACGUCCGCAAACUCCUCUCAUUCAUAAACCCUACUUCCUGCAGAAAGGGACUCGAAGCAUUCACCAUCAACGUCGAGGUAGGGCUACGACCACGAAUUCGAGAAGGCGUACACUACCUCACAGAUCCCAUCCCCGCUAGCACCGGCGACCACGGGAUCAUAUCAUAUCGCUUUGGGGAUCUGAACUGUCUUGUCCGCCACGAGACGGACGGCUAUAUAAACGAUAGCUCACAAGUACCUCCGUCUCCCACGAGCAAAGAAGUAGCUCGCGAAAAUCCCUCUAGCAUCUCGGCCACCGAAAAUCCAGACACCGCACCUCUCAUCACCAAAACCCCCUGGAUCCAAAUUAACGCUCAAACGUGA